AUGGCUGAUCAGUGUAUCGUCUGUCUAGAAAAUCUAGACGUUCAAUCGUCGUCGCCGCUUGCACAGUUGCAUACAUCCCCGGACGAUGACCCGUUGGAGGGUACUUCGUCCACUAUCACAAAAGCACCGGCACGGCUAUCACCUACACCACCAGAGUCUCCAUUAUGCAACAUCACUAAUAUUUCUAAUAACGACGGCGAGGAUCAUAACAUUGCAGUCAUUGAAGUUUGUGGCCAUGCCUUGCAUGACGCUUGUCUACGGGAAUGGACGGGAAAGGCAAACAGCUGUCCGAUCUGCCGCCAAGCAUUUCACUUGGUGCACGUUUAUGACAAGCUUGGAGGCACUCAAUUAUCCUCAUAUAAGGUAGAGGAUAAGAAACAAGUCGUCGAAUUCGAUCCUCAAGCUUGGCUUGACGAUAACCCCGAAAUAGAAGAGUCUAGACCGUGUCCCAUCUGCCAUCGAACUGACGACGAAGACGUGCUCCUCCUAUGCGAUAGCUGCGAUGCACCAUACCACACACAUUGCGUGGGCCUUGACUCUGUUCCUAGGGGUCAUUGGUUUUGUUUCGAGUGCGCAGACACUGGCUCAGAGCUCCUUACCGCUGAACUUCAAGGUGAUGACUUCUCGGUCGCUGGCUUUUCGGAUGGCCAUUCUGAUUACUUGCCACGCACUUCAGCUUCUAUGCGACGGGCUCGACAACAAGCGCGUUCUAGCGAUUGGCAAGGGGCCUGGGGUCAAAUUGCAGGUCGGGUCUACGAUGCAUUGAACCUCGACCUUGAUAACCACGAUGACGACGAAGUUCUGCGGGGCUUUCGGCGAACGCAACAACGGAGCGAACAAGAGCGAAACGAGUACAGGAGAUGGCAACAACGUAUCAGUAUCGCUAGCCGCCUUGGGGCCCAUGAUGUGUUCGCAAAUAACCUCUCAAAUGUUCUCCCCCCAUCUGUUGCGCCGCGAGCUUCAACUCCUCGUCCCAGUCCCUUCGCUCCUCCGGAAGAGUCACAGGAAGAAAGACAAGCCUGGGGUGCUUUAGAGAAGGCCAUGGAAGCUACUAACACUACCAAUGGUGCCAGCUCAACCCCAAAUCAUCGAAAACGAAAGUCUCGCUCAGUGACUGCUUCCCCGGUUGAACCUCAACAGCCAGAACGUAAAUUGAAACGACCACGGACAAGGAGAGCCCCCAUGACAGGACAUGCUUCAUCGUCCUCAAGUAGGCAUUCCAUACAAACCAAUCAACCUACAUCAGCUGGAUCCGGUCCGAGUUCAGCUUCAACCCAACCAAGCAGUGGUGACGCUCCGUCUUUUCUCUCUUCACUACUUAAAGAGGUGGAAAUGAGUACACCUUCUGACGAUGAGAACACCCGACCAUUUUUCACCUUUUCCAACCCAAUAGUGGAUCAAUCAUCACCCGCUUCAUCCCCUUCCCCUUCUGCUCAUAGUAGUCCUCGAGCAAUGUCGGCGACACCGCCACCACGCGGAAUUAUGGAUCGACCAGGUUCGCCCCUCUCUCUAAGCUCACAUAUUGAGCCGAUAUACCCUCCUACAAAUUACAUGGCGAAUCGAAACAAUAGCGAUAAUAGCGACUCGGAAUCAGGAUCUCGUCAACACGCGCGUCGCAACCAAAAUGGUCGAGCACAUAGCGGCUCGCCGGGAAUCCAACAACCUCGACCUCAACGUCAGCAGUCAGCAAACAUUAACCGAAGUGAAAAACGCCCACAAGAGACUUCGCCUGCGCGUGUACCGUUGCCUUUUGAGAUGAAGGAGAGCAUAAGUGGUAUUGUGAAGGACGCCCUUAAACCUCACUGGAAAUCCGGACAUAUCACGGCGGAUCAGUACGCGUCUAUUAAUCGUGACCUAAGCCACAAAUUAUACAAGGAGGUUUCGGACGAUUCCCUCAACGACAAUGCCCGACAACGAUUCGAGAAGAUUGCAACAAAAGAAGUUGCGAGAGCAGUUGCAACUCUUAAGGCAUGA